UGACUACAUGGUACAUUGCAGAAUGUGAGAAUAUGGUGGUUCAGGAAAAGAAGCUUCGAGUUGCAUUUCAUAAAACAUGAGGCAAGAAGAGUUGAUUAGUGAUCUAAAUGGACGCGAUACUGAAUUACAGGUUGGAAGACACUGAAGACUACUACACGUUACUGGGAUGUGAUGAACUGUCUUCGGUGGAACAGAUCCUAGCAGAGUUUAAGGUCAGAGCCCUGGAAUGUCAUCCCGACAAGCAUCCUGAAAAUUCCCAAGCAGUGGAGACUUUUCAGAAAUUGCAGAAGGCAAAGGAGAUUCUGACUAAUGAAGAGAGUCGAGCCCGCUAUGACCACUGGCGAAGGAGCCAGAUCGCAAUGUCAUUCCAGCAGUGGGAAGCUUUGAGUGACUCGGUGAAAACGUCAAUGCACUGGGCUGUCAGAGGUAAAAAAGAUCGAAUGCUGGAAGAACCUGACCAGACUCAUACCAACAAGAUUGAAAAUGAGGAACAGAAUGAACAAAGAGAAAUAAAGAAAGAAGAGUUGGGUUCAACCACUGAGAAGAUGGAGCAAAAAGAAUCUGAGUCCUUGGAGAAGUCAUCCUCCCAACUGAGUCCAGAUUCUUCAAGUUUUUCAGAUGUGAACAGUUGGCACCUUCAUUUCCGCUGGUCUGGGGAUGCUCCUUCAGAACUCCUGAGGAAAUUCAGAAACUAUGAAAUAUGA